CUAAAACCUUCUCAGUUCUGCCCGACUGCUUUUGUUCCGAGCCGCCCGCCCGCUCCCGCUCCCCCGUCCGUCUUCCCUCUUCCUCUUUCUCCUCUGCCGGCAGUCGUCCCAACUGCCGCCGGCCAUUCCUCUCCUUCUGAGCAGGCGAUUUUAUUGAUUGCGCCUGUAGCUCAGGGAAAGUCCUAUAUCCUCUGACACUGUAGUCGCCUGCCGAUUUGCUUGAGCUUCUUUGGAAGAGCUGGUAACAUGCAAAUAAAGACUCCAAAGACCCAUCGGGGCAAGAGGGAGCUUGAAAAGCGUGCCCCAAAACUUGUUGAGAAUGGGAAGAAAACACUUAUUCUUCAUGGCACUAAGACCAGCGCCGUAUUGAACACAGUGUUGACCGAAAUCUAUCACUUGAAAAGAGGUAGUGCUAUAAAGUAUUCCAAGAAGAACGACAACAUCAGGCCAUUUGAAAGUGGCGGAGAGACGUCAUUGGAGUUCUUCUCCCUCAAAACUGACUGCAGCCUAUUCGUGUUUGGUUCUCAUUCAAAGAAAAGACCCAACAACCUUGUUCUCGGGAGGACUUACGAUAAUCAUAUAUAUGAUCUUGUUGAAGUAGGAGUGGACAACUUUAGGUCAAUGGAAUCCUUUGUGUACGAUAAGAAGCUAACACCGAAAAUUGGGACAAAACCUUUCUUUGCCUUCAUCGGAGAUAAUUUUGAGAGUUCGGAAGAAUUGAAGCACUUGAAGGAAGUACUACUCGAUCUUUUUAGAGGAGAGGUUGUGGAAAAUUUAAACCUUGCGGGUGUAGACCGGGUUUUCAUGUGCACUGCUCUCUCUUCGACCACGGUGUUUAUGUCGCAUUGUGCUCUUCGGCUUAAAAGGUCGGGGACAUCUGUACCUAGAAUGGAGUUGGUGGAAGUGGGACCCUCGAUGGACUUGGUAGUUCGACGGCACCGACUUCCAAAUGAGAGUUUGAAGAAAGAAGCGAUGAAGGCUGCUCCCGAUCAGCCUAAGAAGAUUAAGAAUGUCACGAGCGAUGUGGUUCAGGGUAAAGUAGGGACGAUCUAUAUUCCGGAUCAACAGGUUGGUGGGAUGCCUUUAUCAAACAAGGUGAGGGGCCUGAAGAGAGAGCGCCGUGUGGCUAAGAAAAACAAUUCUGGCGGAGAGGAUCAAUCAAAGAAGAGGAAAGCAAAUCCAGAGUGAUUUCGAUAGGCGGUCUUUAUACCUGACAACAAGAUGGCGACAAAAUUCAGGUGAAAUAGUUGCAGUAAAAAUUUUCAGCCGGCGAAAUUUUCACAGCUCAUUCUGAGAGGGUCAAAAUGCGCAGAAAUUUUUGCUCUUGUUGAAGAGAAAUCGUGGAAGGGUGUUGCUUGCAGUCGAAAUUUAUGUGAUAUUUUUUUCUCCCGGGUAAGAUAGCAAGGUUGUUUGAUACAUUUUGGUUACAAAUGAAGUUUGCAAAAUACUUUGUGCUGUGGGCUUACUGAAUGGUAUUUGUUUUUGCUGUUAACCACUUUUCUCUGCUUUAUGAUAUCCUCUGUUAGAUCUGUUCAGUAUGUUUACGGCUCAACUAUGGAACUCUUCACUCCAUUUAGGAGUAUGGUUGUAACCUAUGUAUUGUUUUUCCCAUUUAUAGAAGUAAGUUUCUAAA